AUGGAUCCCCAGAGCAACAAGUUCGCUCUCCACGAGGCUGCCCGUGAGGGCAGAACCGAAAUUGCCGAGUCUCUUCUCAACGCAAAUCCAAAAUCUGCAUUUGUUAAAGAUGACGACGAUCGUCUUCCGAUCCACUGGGCUGUGGCAUACAAUCGGCUGCCGAUCGUGGAGUUGCUAGUCGGCAGCAGGAAUUUUGAUCCCGACGUGGAGGAUGGGUCAGGCUGGACCCCACUGAUGAUCGCUGCAAGUUUGAAGGACGCUGGAGGCGACCCGAUCAUUGACUUGUUCCUGAAAAAGGGAGCGGAUGUGAAUGUCAAGAGCGUUUCGGGCCAGAAUGCUUUGCACUUUGCAAGCUCCAAGGCCAACGUUUCUACUGUCCGGACCUUGCUUGCCAACAAGUGCAGCGCCAGAGUUAAGGAUGUUCGCGGUCAGCUCCCUCUUCAUCGAGCGGCAGCCAUUGGCUCAGUCCCUAUCCUCAAAACUCUUCUAGAAGAAGGAAAGAGUCCCGUUAAUGCGACAGAUGCCGAUGGUCUGACGGCGCUGCACCACGCUGUGUCUGAAGGACAUGGAGAUGCAGCGAUCCUGCUGUUAAAGUCUGGCGCCGAAGCGGAAAAGAGGGACAAUGAUGGUAAAUUGGCUAUCGAUCUGGUGCCGGAUGACAAGGUCAAGAAGUACAUUUUGCAAACCGCAGAACGAGAAGGAGUUGAGCUACCGUAG